AUGACAACAUUGAAUGGAUUAAGAAAAGAUGAUUUUUCGUCAAUUUUACUUGUACAACCUCCACCACCGGAUUUAUUAUUUCCACAUUUAUGGGGAACAGAAAACCAUGAUAAACAGACAUUACUUUCUUCUACUUCUUCAACGUCAUCGUCAUUCGCAUCACCGCCGACCUCCUUACCCUCGACGAUGUCGACAGUGUCCACAUCGGUUAACAGAAUCAACUCUUCACCAAAUGAUUCAAAAGAGAAUAAUUUAUCGAAUAAAAAACGACUUUCUUCUGCAUUCAAUCCAUUACCAAUGAAUUUAAGUACAAAAAUGAGUAGUAUAUUAGGUAAAAGAGAAUUUCCAUUCAAUAAUAACCAACAGUAUACUUCCAAUCAACUGACUACACAGUCUAGUUCAUCAUGGUCAGAUUAUUUUGCUCACCAUCUUUCUGCACAAUCAAAUCAUGAUUAUGAAUAUAAAAUACCGACGAAAAUAUUUUUCACUGAUGAUAAUUGCAAUGAUGAUGUGAAAGAUAACAAUUCAAUGUUCAAUCAUCAAUCCCCAACUGAUAUUGAACAAAUGUAUUCAAAACUUGACUUUACAAAACAAUUUAAUGCGGAGCAUAAUUUUCAACCUAACAAUACCAAUACUAUGAACAUGUCUAUGGAUUUAAGCGACAAGAUAUGUUCACAAUCAGAGAAAUGUGGCACAUCUUUGAAACUGGCUAAAUCAAUAAAAAAGCGAAACAGACACUCGAUAACUGCUAAUGUUAACAAUAAUAGCAGCAGCAGUGAUAAGCAAUGCACAAAUAGAAACAUCCGUCAAAUCGAUUGUGAGAGCACUUACAAUCGUAAUGAUUAUGAAGAUUAUGUAAUCAGAGCAGACGAUCAAGAGGACGAUGAACUCGACGAAGAAGAAGAGGAAGAGGCAGUUGGGGAGGAGACACGGCAGCAGCAACAACAACAAUCAAAUGAUUAUGAUGUGGAAUUUCAACUAAAAUUAAAUCAAACAAUCGAAUGUGUUGUAUGUGGGGAUAAAAGUAGUGGUAAACAUUAUGGUCAACAUACAUGUGAAGGAUGUAAAAGUUUUUUUAAACGUUCUGUAAGACGUAAAUUAAAUUAUACAUGUCGUGGUAAUCAAAAAUGCCCUAUUGAUAUACAUCAUCGUAAUCAAUGUCAAUAUUGUCGUUUUCAAAAAUGUUUACAAGUUGGCAUGCGUAAAGAAGCUGUUCAACAAGGUCGUUUGCCAACAUUUCCAUUAUUAUAUCAUACAUAUUUUGGUCUAUCAAAUUAUCUCACUACAAAUUAUCAUCAUCAUCAUAAUUUGAUUGGAUCAAAUGUAACUCAGCUAAUCAAUAUGUUGUUGUUUGCCGAAUAUAAUUCAUAUCCAUAUUUAAAUAAUGAACUAUUUAUACAUCAUCUACAUUUCAUAUUAAAUCAAUCGAAAAGAACAAUGGAUUUUGAAAAAUGUCAUCAGAAAAAUAUCAACACUUCUGAAAUAUGCAACAUGACUACUUAUAAUGAUAUAAGUAGUAAGGGUAGCAAUAAUAAUCAUGAUAAUAGUAAUAAUAAUAACAGUUCAACGCUGAGUUCAUCCAUAUUUCCAUUUAUUGAUUAUCCGGUUGAUGGAAAGUCAAUGACGGUGAAUUCGCCAACAUCAUCAUUAUUUGGGAAAAAAUCAUUCAUUUCAAAAGAAUCACCAUACAGUAAAACAACAACGCAUCACCAACAAUUCAACAUGUUCAAUGAAAUAACCCAAUCCACAUUGAAUUAUUUAUGCGUAUUAAUUAAAUGGGCAAAGAAUAUUAGUUUAUUUACAGAGUUACAACCAAAUGAUCAAUUGAUCUUGUUGAAUAAUUCAUGGCCAGAAUUAUUUAUGCUUUAUUUAGCACAGAUUUAUAAUAACAUUUCAUCGAGUAGUUCUUUAUCCGAUCAUAAUAAAAAUAAUAAUAAUAAUAAUAAUAAUAGUGAUAAUAAUCAUACUCAAUCAGCUACAUGGAAUUGGAGGAAUUUGUCCAGUAGAAACUCUCAUAUGGAUGUUAAUGAUUGGAUUCGUGAUAAACAAACACAAAUUCAUGAAAAUCUUCAAGUGAACAGAGAAGAUUAUUCAUUGAACAAUUCAACUCAUUUUUCAUGCUUAAUUAAUCAACAACACUAUUCAAUGGAAUUUCAAGAUCAAUUAGAAAGAAUACAACAAUUACAUUUAGAUCAAACUGAGUAUGCUUGUUUAAAAGCAUUGAUUUUAUUCAAUUCUGAAGCACCUGGAUUAAAAGAUCCAAGUCUUGUUGAUUCAAUUCAAGAAAGAAUACAAUGUGCAUUGGAAGAAUAUGAUAAAUAUCAUUAUUCACAUUAUCAACCAUUACGAUUUGGUCGGCUACUUUUACGACUGCCUAAAUUAAAACAAACAGUCUGUUCACCGACAUCAUUACACUGGUUACAACAAAACUUUUUCCCAUCACUUCAUUUUCAUAGUCACGGAGAUCUUCAACUAGUAAUUAGCGAACUAUUUGAAAAUAAAACAAUUCAUUUGCAUAAAUCUAAUUUAUCAUUUAGAAAUAAUGAUCAUCAUCUGUCAAAUGUUGUUUCAGGCACUGAAAACUAUUCUCACAGUUCACAUACUUUACGACCAUUAUCAUUUUCUGCACCAGUCUCAUCAUCAUCAUCCCCAUUGUUCAAUUCUCAUGUAGAUCACUACGACAAAUCAUCAUCUAGGCUGAUUCCAUUUACAAACCCGAUGUCUUCCAUAGUUAACAACACCUCGAUGUACCAAAAUGAAAGUACCAAUCACAAUCAAUUUGUACAUUAUUUAACUAAUAAUUCUUCCGGAAGAAAUUCUACAUGGUUGUCAAAUUUGAUGAAGAAAUCUUCACCGAAUACUGAUCUUUAUGAUGAAGAUCAGUUUACUGACAAGAUUACAGAAACAAUUGACAAAAAUAAUUCCUUGUUGAAAAAUAAUUUUGAUCGACUUUUUUCGAAUCAGUAUAAUGACAAACUUGACAAUAUUAUUUAUAAUAAUAAUAAUAAUAAAUUAUCUUCAUCUCCAAUGGAUUCGUCAAAAUUCAAUUUAAAUGUCACUUUCAAUAAACCGCCAGAUAGUUUCACUAAAACAACAAUCGAUGAUAUUGAAAAUACGGAAUUAAAUAAAUUGAACAUUGAAUCAAAUCAUUUUUUCAAUCAUUUUCAACAAUAUUAUUAUUCUAAAUUAUCAACAAAUGAUUAUUUCAUAAAUUCCGCCGAUUCAUUUUUUUUCAAUAAUUUCUUAAAUUUAUUAACAAUCAAUGAGAAAAAUUCAAAUUUACAAAUUUACUAUUCAUUAAUUCGUCAACAUUUGAAUUCACUGCAUAAUUAUUGUACAUGA